AUGCCAGCACAACGACCGCGUGCUGCCUUCGAGCCGAUCGCGCCCGACUUUGACAUCAACGGCCUUAUAGAAUCCACGCCCAACUUCUCCUUUGUUGAUCGCAUCUCAGUCGACCAAAUCGACGAGCAAGGUGUCGCCGCUUUCGAAAAGCUCGUCCUCCUCCAUGUCAUCAUUGGCGGCAAACCCCUCGUCGUCGACGGCUUUGAGAAUCGUCUGGACCCCUGGACUUUUUCUGCCAAAUGGCUGAAUGACAAUGUCGGUACCAAGGGCAUUUCCAGGAACCUAACGACGAAAGAGUCUCUUCCUCUCACCAUCGGCCAUUAUCUCCGAAACAUGAACAAGCUGAGCAAUCAGUUCUUCGAAAACACUCGCAACUACAAGGACAAGAGUCGUCAACGAAUCUAUCUCAAAGACAUCGACUGCCCACAGGUCUGGCACGACAAACUUCAAGAUCACAUCCCACCAUUCCUCUUCUACCUCAAUGAGAGCACUGGAGACAUCGGCGGCCCUGGUGCCAAUCCUUACACUCUCGGUCCUGGCAGACGUCCUGCUCGUGGAAUCGCUCGCGCUGGCGAUCUGAUGAGCUCGCUUCCUCCCGAGAUGCGCGCCGAAAAUCUCAUGUGCUACAUCGGCCAUGAGGGCACUUACACCCCGUCGCACCGAGAAAUGUGCGCCACCAUGGGUCACAAUAUCAUGGUAGAAGCUUCCAAAGAUGUUGGCGAGGACGGCAAGCCCGAAAGACCUGGUUCGUCCAUCUGGUUCAUGACCGAGUCCAAGGACCGCAAUACCGUCUCCGAGUACUGGCUCUCAACUCUGGGUCAUGACAUCGAAGUCGAGAACCACUUUGCUCAAGUCUCGGCUUGGAAAAGAGCGCCUUUCAACGUCUACGUCGUCGAACAACGUCCCGGCGACUUUAUUCUGAUCCCUCCGCUAGCUCCUCACCAAGUCUGGAACAGGGGAACACGAACCAUGAAAGUCGCUUGGAACAGGACCACGAUCGAGACUCUAGAGAUGGCUCUGGAUGAAGCUUUACCUAAAGCAAAGAUCGUCUGCCGAGACGAACAAUACAAAACCAAGGCCAUCAUCUACUAUACGCUAAUGUUAUAUUCUAACAGACUUGCAUUGGCAAGAUCACAGUCCGACAAGCUUCCUGCAGACGCUGCCCGUCAGCUAAUGGGCAGUCCCAAGAUCAAGCAAUUAAUCAAAGAUUUCAGACGUCUGCUUGGCUUGUUCCUAGAUGUCCUUGUAUCUGAAAUGUUCAACCCUGAUGGUCCCCAAGAAAAGUGUGAAUUUCUGCCUUUCGACAGCAAUGUCACCUGCGCUUAUUGUCGCUGCAAUAUAUUCAACCGUUUCUUGACGUGCUCAAACUGCAAGGACGCACUCGGACAUGAAGAGGAAGAACCCUACGACGUCUGCUUGGACUGUUAUGCCAUGGGAAGGUCGUGCGGCUGCAUCUCGAACCUCAAGUGGACCGAGCAAUUCAAAUGGAGGGAGCUGAUCAGCAAAUACGACUCUUGGCGCAAGCAAGUCAUCGAUCUGGACGGUGGAAACGCAGCAAAGGCCCCUCCGCCACUUGUCGAAGCUCGAAAGAAUCUCCCUUACAAAACGCUCGCUGAAGUUUGCAGAGAGCAGCUUAAACGCCGCCCCUUCACUGACAUUGCCAAGCCAAAGCAAGACGACGAGCAGAGCGAGGAAGAUAUCAUUGUGGAUGACGAAGGCCGUGUCAAGAAAACUGUGAAGAAGAAGCCCAAGGCUUGGUACAAAACGCACAGUCCUUGCCAUGUCUGUUGUAAAAGACACCCUAACUGGAAGUCUGCAAAGUGCACCACUUGCGACAAAUGGUGGUGCUAUGGAUCCCUAUUCAGAGGAGCCGACGUGAUGCCACUUACAGUCAUGCAAGAUGCUAAUUGGUCGUGUCCACAUUGCCAAAACGCAUGUUUUGCAGGAGCGUGUCGAAAGGAUCCCAAGCAGCAACCAUAUGAGCCUAAGGGCACUCUCCUCGGUCAUGAUACCAAGAGGAUUGCCGAUGCCAGAAGUGUGGAAUGUCUUGUGGACUUCUCUGUCUCCAACCUCACUUGGCUCAGAGACGAUGACGAAGACGUCCAAGAGAGUGUUCGGAUCAGGAGAGCUCGUGAAGAGGCCAGAAGAGCCAAAGAAGCAGACCCUUCGAUGGAUGACGACGACGAUGAAGAAGAGCCUGAUAUUCAACAAAGCCACGUUCGAUUUGACUACUCGCCCGAUGACUCCAUGAUCGACCCCCAGCUCAUGGGCACUACUCCUGCUCAAACCGCUCGAAACAAAGGAAAGGCUGCAGCUUCCCUUCUGCCACCGCCGGAAGCAAUGCUCAAAGGCGCUAAACCAUCUCAUGGAUUGAGCAAUGGUCACAAAUCUACAUUCGACGCACCCGAAGGAUAUGCUCCUGCUACAACCAAUGGAUUUGUCGCUCCAAGGGCUCGAAUGUAUCCAGAACUUGAGGACAACAGCUAUGCUUACCCUGACCCUCUUGGCGAGGACCAUGAAGAGGAAGGAUACCAGCCCAUCUCCGCAUUGCUGUCAGGCACCACACGCCGGAACAAGCGCAAUCAAGACGCGUACGAAGAUGACGAUGACGAGAUUUACAUGGAGGGAACUCACACCAAAAGACGUAGAAUCUCGGAAGAUCCUGCUUCUGUGCUCUACAAGCCUAGGAAUGAAGCUACAAAGCAAUUCGAAAAGGAGAAGGAACGCAAAGCUUUGGACGAGGCCAAGAAGGCAGGUCGCUUCAUUGCAGCGCAAGCUGCUUUGCGGGGCAAAAAGCGCGUUGUUCGGCUUCGCAUAUCUGGACCACGUCUUGCGCAACUGCUUGCACAACAAGCCGCU